AUGGCCGAAUCCCCGUUUCCGACACCCAAACGGAAGCGCAGCCAAAUGUUCGGCGGCAGUAUUCCAAUAAUAAACACCGCGGAACCAUUCACCUUCGACCUCAACUCCACUGUUGACGAUGGCAAUUCCAGUCCACGAUCCCGGGUUGCCCACCGAUUCCAGGGUCUCGCCCUUGGUGGCGGAAGUGGGGUCAGUGGAGACGAGGGAAUCUCGUUGUCGAUGGACUCAAGCACGGCUAGCAGCGAGUCGGAAAACGGAUCGCGAAAGAGGAGGAAGCUCCCAGAUGUCGAGAUGACCGACGCUGACAGCCAGUGUGCCGUCGAUUGUCCGGCUGGCGAAGUUGAGGCGACCCAAACAUCGCGAUCCUUAUCCCCGCAAUCCGUCACAAAGGACGAUAUUCCUAGCAAGCGACAACAUUCCAGGUCGCCCAAGUCGAUCAGAUUUGCCCUUGACACUGCCAUCGUCGGGCGAGCCGAAUUCCUAGCCAGCACAUCCUCCGACACGGACCCCACCGGGAACACGAGCACAAUAGCGGCUGAAGAUAGCCCCUCCCCCUCACCAACCGCGUCCCGGCAAAAGUCCCCGGACCGCAACAAAUCCCACCAACAGGCCCUUGCCGCCGUUGCGAGGAGGAGGGCUAGCACUCCUCCCCUCGCGCCGCGACCCAGACCCGGCCCGUCAGGCGAGAGAGAGACUGCGGCUAUUUCGGACCCGUUGCGCGCAUCCCUGACCUGGCACGACGACGAGAUCACAAUCUACGACCCAGACGACAGCGACGACGACGGCACGGGCAUCAACGGCAUCGGAUUCAAGCCCACGCCCGCCAUCGCGUACGCCCGCACGGUGCGCCGCAAGCAACAGCUGGCCGAGUACAGGAAGCGGGAGGAGCGCGAGGCACGGGCCAAGAGGAGUCAGCGUCGGAGAGGAAGCCCUACUUCUUCUCUGCCGGCCUUGGUGGACAUGAAAGGGAAGGCUAAGGCUGAGAGAAGAAGGGUGAGGUUUCUCGAGAAUGUCGCCGAGUUGAUUGGGGUUUGA